AUCCGGGCGGCAUACGCUACCCGAUGCCGGGGUCGCCUACUCCACUUGGAGCUCGUGAGGAAGAAUAAUGUCUCAAAAGCAGAUGAAGGAAGCUUUUGUCAGUAACCUCAAUGGAACCACUGUGCUAGAAAUCACCCAGGGAUUGUGCUUUCCUGCAUUCUGUAUCCUGUGCAGAGGGUUCCUGAUCGUUUUCUCACAACAUUUGUGUUCUUUUUCACACACCUGGAAAACUAGAUUCUUCAUUGACUUUGUUGUCCUAGUAGUUCCUCUGGUGACCACUUUAACCAUUUUGGCUUCAUUUAUAUUCCUUGAGCUUCUCACAGUAAUUAUUGUUGGGGCAGGGCUGUUCUAUCAAAUAUACCAAAGGAGGACUUGCUAUGCCAGAGUGCCUGUCCAGAAAAUCCUUGAAGAAUUCUUGAAAGUCAGUCUAGAAUCAGAAUACGUUCCAGCUAUCUCUAGUUUCCGUGUAAUUAUCAGUGUAUUUACUGCUAUUGCUAUUUUGGCUGUGGACUUCCCUCUUUUUCCCAGAAGAUUUGCCAAAACAGAGCUCUAUGGGACAGGAGCAAUGGAUUUUGGAGUAGGUGGCUUUGUUUUUGGAUCUGCAAUGGUUGGUCUAGAGGUCAGGAGAAGAAAAUACAUAGAAGGGUCCAGAUUUGAUUAUUUUGCAAAGUCAUUGUACUCUGUUUGGCCACUAGUUUUCCUAGGAAUUGGAAGAUUAGUCAUUAUAAAAUCCAUAGGAUAUCAGGAACAUGUAACUGAGUAUGGAGUUCACUGGAACUUUUUCUUUACCAUGAUAGUUGUGAAAUUGAUAACAUCAUUGCUUUUGAUUAUUUUUCCACUAAAUAAAUCCUGGAUUGUAGCUCUCGGCAUUAUUGUAUCAUACCAGCUAGCACUGGACUUUACCCCACUGAAGAGGUUAAUUUUGUAUGGCACUGAUGGUAGUGGCACAAGGGUUGGUCUAUUAAAUGCCAACCGAGAAGGAAUAAUCUCUACCUUGGGGUAUGUGGUAAUACACAUGGCUGGUGUGCAAACAGGUUUAUAUGUGUCUAAGAACAGAUCACAUAUCAAAGACUUGAUGAAAGUAGUGUGUUUUCUUCUACUGGCAGCUAUUAGCCUCUUCAUAUCUCUUUACAUAGUUCAAGUAAAUGUAGAGGCAGUAUCUCGAAGAAUGGCCAAUUUAGCCUUUUGUAUUUGGAUAGUUGCUUCUAGCCUAAUCCUCCUUAGUAGUUUAUUACUGGGUGAUAUAAUUUUGAGUUUUGCCAAAUUUCUAAUUAAAGGAGCUUUAGUGCCUUGUUCCUGGAAACUUAUCCAGUCACCUGUUACAAAUAAAAAGCAUUCAGAAUCUUUAGUGCCUGAAGCUAUAAAAAAGGAACCCAGUCUUUGUUUAAUCACAGCUCUAAACAGAAAACAGUUAAUGUUUUUCUUGCUGUCAAAUAUAACAACUGGCCUGAUCAACCUGAUGGUAGAUACAUUACACAGCAGUACCUUAUGGGCCUUAUUUGUGCUCAAUCUCUAUAUGUUUACCAACUGUUUAAUUAUAUAUGUGUUGUAUUUGCAAGAUAAGAUUACAAAAUUUUAAUGAUGAAUGGGGUAGGAUGUAUCUGUAUUUGAGCAGUAGUAUUUCAAUGGGAUGGAAUAAAUUAAAUGCAAAGAAAAUAUGCUUUUGGCAACCCUGCGUUAACUAUAUUAUAAAGUUUUUUUGUUUUUGUUUUUUUUGAGUUGGAGUCUCACUCUGUUGCCCAGGCUGGAGUGCAGUCUCAUACUCACAGCCACCCCAGCAUCAACCUGCU